AUGAAAUUUGGCUGUGGUUUAUUGCGUGAACAGGUGUUAAUAGAAAUAUACUUCAUUUCUAGAGACAUGGACCAAGUUCCGUUACUGGACUAUAGAAGCACGAUUACUCCAAGGCCGGGCUUCAAUCGAACAAUCACUACUCACACGUCAACACCUUUCGGGACUAUGUCAUCUGGAAAUAGAAUUGUCAAAACAGUAACCGAAAUUGGUUCAUCGACACUGCACAGCGGAAGCGCAGUUUUGUCCCCAUUUGGCCAGAAUGCGGCUUCGGCGAUUCGAGAUACUCGCGAAAGGGAGAAGAAGGAGAUGAGCGAUUUGAAUGAUCGCUUAGCCUCUUAUAUUGAAAAAGUACGUUUCCUGGAAGCUCAAAACAGGAAAUUAGCUGCUGAUCUAGAACUGCUCCGUAGUCGUUGGGGAAAAGAUACGUUGAGUGUAAGAAGUAUGUAUGAAGCGGAACUUCAGCAAGCUCAAAAGAUAAGAGACGAUACUGAUCGAGAAAGACAAGACCUGGAAAAUCAAAUUCGCAAAUUGAUGGAAGAAAUAAAUGAAUACCGUCGAAAAUAUGAUGAAGUUCUGAAAGGACACGAAGAGGACAGACACACGAUUGAUGAACUACUGGAAAAUCUAGCAAAAGUUGAAGCUGAAGUUAAUUUGAUUCGCCGACGUAUCAACAAUCUCGAGGAAGAAAUUGCGCGAAUAAAGAAAGAAAACAUCCAUUUUGUUAACGAACUUGGAAAAGCUCGAGCUGACUUAGAUCAAGAAACUCUGAAUCGUAUUGACUAUCAAAAUCAGGUGCAGACUCUGUUGGAGGAGAUUGAUUUUAUUCGGCGAGUACAUGAUCAGGAAAUAAAUGAAUUACAAGCCAUGGCGUCUCGAGAUACUACACCUGAGAAUCGUGAAUACUUUAAGAACGAACUCGCUUCUGCAAUUCGUGAUAUCAGGGCUGAAUAUGAUCAGAUCUGUAACGUUAAUAGAAAUGACAUGGAAUCUUGGUACAAACUGAAAGUCCAGGAGAUUCAGACACAGUCUAAUAGGCAGAACCUAGAACAGAACUAUGCUAAAGAAGAAGUUAAAAGGCUUAGAGUGCAACUUACAGACCUUCGCGGAAAACUUGCUGAUUUGGAAGGAAGAAAUUCGUUGUUAGAGAAGCAAACACAAGAGCUCAAUUACCAACUAGAGGAUGACCAGCGUUCUUAUGAAGCAGCUCUUAACGAUCGUGAUGCUCAAAUCCGGAAGAUGCGAGAUGAGUGCCAGUCGUUGAUGUUGGAACUCCAAAUGCUCCUUGAUACGAAACAGACUCUUGAUGCUGAGAUUGCCAUCUACCGAAAGAUGUUGGAAGGUGAAGAGAACCGUGCCGGCUUAAGGCAGCUCGUUGAGCAGGUCGUCAAAACGCAUGGAAUUUCGCAAAUUGAUGAAAGUGAAAGCAUGAGAAUAUUGAAAGGAGAAACGGCUAGUAGGACAUCAUUCCAACGAUCUGCGAAAGGAAAUGUAUCAAUCCUUGAAGCGUCACCAGAUGGCAAAUUUAUUGUACUGGAGAACACGCAUCGUUCGAAGGAAGAAGCGAUUGGAGAGUGGAAGUUGAAACGGAAGAUAGAUGGAAAGCGUGAAAUAAUUUAUACUUUCCCACGAGACUUUAUUUUGAAGCCAGGAAAAUCAGUAAAGAUAUGGGCGCGUGAUCAAGGAGGUCUGCAUAGUCCACCAUCGCAGUUAAUCUUCGAGGAAGAAACGACAUUUGGUACUGGACUGAACGUACAAACUAUUUUAUUCAACAAAGAGGGAGAAGAGCGCGCUUCACACAUUCAACGUUCUAGCCAUCCAAUCAGUUGA